CCCAAAUAAUACAGGUGUGGACGAAAUACGCGAAUGCAGACAACAAACGUUAUUCUCUGCAUAAACAAUUUGAGGAGUAUAUAAAAUACAAGGAGUUGCCGAUAAAUUUACGUGGGAGGUUCAUCUCCUACUUCCAGUUCAAGUUUCACAAGCACUUCUUCAAGGAGUCCGACAUAAACAACAUGAUAUCUCCCUUCAUAAAACAGGAAAUACUGAUGCACGUUACGAGAAACCACAUAGAAAAGGUGGACUUCUUCAAGCACCUCCCUGAGAACGUCCUGAUGAAGGUCGUCGCCCACCUAAAGUCCGAGAUUUACCUGCCUGGGGACGUCAUCAUCAGCGCGGGGACCACCGGUACCAGCAUGUUUUUCAUAUACCACGGCACCGUCGCCAUUUUUACACCUAGUGGUAAAGAGAUUUGCCAUCUGGAGGAUGGCGCCCACUUCGGUGAGAUAGCCCUGAUCCUUAGCGAGACUCGAGUCGCCAACGUCGUAGCAGUCACCGCCAGCGAACUGUUCACGUUGAGGCGUACCGAUUUUUUGGCCACAAUCGAUCCAUAUCCCGAAUGCAAGGAUCAGCUUAUGACAUUAGCUGCAGAGAGGUUGCAUAAGGCCAUUACUCAUACGUAAAUGUUAGAAACGGGACGUUUGUUAGUUCCAUCGUCACUGUUUAGUUUGAGGUUAUGAGGUAGUUGUUGAAAGUUAUA